AUGACCGACUCGCUUUCGGCCCUCUUAGACCGGAUCAAGUUGGAUGGUGGAACCAAUGUCGAGGAUCUUCUCGUUAUUGGAAUUGAUUUUGGAACCACCUUCUCCGGCGUCGCCUGGGCUACAGUUGAAGACUUUGAACAGGAGGGCAUUAAUCUCAUCAGGUCCUGGCCUGGGUCGGGACGAGAGGUCGGAAAAGCACCGACCGAACUCUUCUACGAAGAUGGCCAGGUGAUGUGGGGUUUCGAUGUGCCGCGGGACGGAGAUCCAAUCCGCUGGUUCAAAUUACUUCUCCUUAAAGACGAAGACAUUGAGCCGGAGAUACGGUCGUCCGAGUACUUUCUCAGAGCUCGAAGAACGCUAAAGGAAAGCGGCGAAACGGCCAUCGACGUAAUUUCAAGUUAUCUGGAGUGCCUAUGGAAUCACACCAUUGAGACGAUUGAAGCAGCCCUCGGCCAAUCUGUCGUCGACGCGUUCGAGUUCCGCGUGGUCAUCACGGUCCCCGCCAUCUGGAAGUCCUACGCUAGGCAAGCGAUGAGGGAAGCGGCUGAUCGUGCCGGCAUCCUCGAACGUCGACCUGCCGGGGAUACCCAGCUCAUGUUUGCGCCCGAACCGGAGGCGGCAGCGUUAUCCACCCUUUGCGAGAAAGGUCGCAGGCCCCAAUGCGGCGAUAUUUAUGUCGUUUGUGAUGCUGGGGGCGGCACGGUCGACUUGAUUAGCUACGAAAUCUGCGACGUCAACCCGAUCCGCCUUAGAGAGGCUGCCGAAGGUGCAGGUGCCCUCUGUGGCGGGAUCUUCAUCGAUGAGGCCUUCGAACGAAUCUGCAAAGCCCGUCUAGGCAGAAGAUGGGACCGUCUCAGCAAGGCAGGAAUCAAAGAGAUCAUGAAGGGAGAAUGGGAGUACGCCAUAAAGCCGCAGUUCAGCAGAGACCAAGCGAACUCGAGCAAAAAGUAUAUCGUCGGCAUCCCGGCUGAAGCCUUCGUUGGCUCCGACCUUGACGAUAAUUCUCGGGAGCCGCACAUAAAAAAUGGCCGUAUUCAUUUCAACGGGUUGCAUAUCGAAGGCGCGUUCAAGGAAACGGUGUCAUGUAUCGCUGAGCAGAUCGACAAACAAAUUUCCAAAUCUUCGGGUGGAGGAAAAGCAGUAACGGGCGUGAUUCUCGUUGGGGGCUUAGGUGGGAGUCGGUACUUGUACCAGUAUCUUCAAGAGAGGUAUUCGAGGAGCGAUAUCAAGGUCCUCCAGUCUCGAGGGGAAGUACCGCGUACGGCUAUCUGUCGUGGUGCCAUAAUUAAGGGACUCUUCGGCGAAGCCACCAACGGCUUGGUGGUUUCAACCGUACCUCGUGCCAGCAUUGGUGUCGAUAAGAUGAGUCCCUGGGUCGAUGGUAAAUUCCUCGAGGAAGACAAGAAGUGGUGUCCCCUGGAGGAAGACUAUUUCGCAGAUAAUCAAAUGGACUGGUACAUCGUACGGGGCGAAGCGGUCACCCCAUUGGAGUCAGUUCGAUCCUACUAUUUCCGGGUAUAUGAAAAAGACUUUGGCGGGUCAUUUCGGACCAGCAUUUAUGAGUGUGAAGACGAACUUGCCCCUACGCGUAUCACGGGUAGUGUCAAGCGGCUUUGCACAAUAGAAUGCAAGGUCGAUACGCCGUUCAAGUCACUGCCAAACAUAGAAGGCCCGAAUGGGAAGAGGUUGAAAAAACUUCAGUACGAAAUCGAGGCGAUUCCGUCUGGGGCGUCGGUAGAGUUUGCUGUCGGGUCCGGCUCUUCCGAGACUGCCAAGAAGACUCCACAUUCUCUUCACAACGUCGAACCCAUCCAUCGCACAAGUCAUCGCAAGGGCUUGGAUGCUCAUAUCACUCCUAGAAUCAUCCCUCCAAAGCUGGAUGCGAAUCUGGCCGAGGGAGCCCACCUCAGGGCUAUUAUGGCGGGGGAGGGGGUCAAUAUCCUCCCCAGCAACAGCAGGGCGGGUAUGGACAGAACUACGGCCAACAGGGCUAUAAUCAACCCCAAGGAUAUCCCCAGCAAGGUUAUCCCCCACAGCAACAAUAUGGCGGUCCCCCUCCGUCCCACUCACCCUACAAUCAAGGGCCCGGAUAUGGCCCUCCUCCAGGCCAAGGAUACGGCCAAGGGAAUCCUCAGCAGCCGAGCUACGCUCCUCACCACCAACCGCCCAGCUAUGACCAGCAAGCAGGAUACGGCGCGCCGCCCCAGCCGACAUAUGCCGGCGGCCCUCCACACCAGCAGCAAUACUCCUCCCCGCCUCCGCACCAGGGCUACGGAGCGGCCCCUCAAGACUACGACAAGCGGGGCUCUUCUCCGUACCCUCCCCAGCAGCACUAUCAGGGCGGCCAAAACCCCGACUUCGGAGGCCAACCGCCUUAUCAAGGUGGUGCUCCCGCAUAUCCCGGUGGACCCGGUGGACCCGGUGGCCCUGAGGGAGACCGAGGACUGGGUGCAACUCUCGUCGGCGGAGGCGCCGCAGCUUGGGCGGCCCAUAAAGCUGGAGGUGCACAAGUUCAAGAAGCACAAGAAAGAGAAGAAGCACAAGAAGUAUAAGCAGCGGGGUGGCGGGCAUGGCUCGAGCAGCAGUGACAGCAGCGACUCGGAUUAA